CAACAGGAGUGCAGGACCACAAUAAGUACCACGUAGUAGUCUUGAAUUUUGUUGUUGCCUUUGUCAAACACUGACGAAGUAAAUCAAAAUCCAAAGAAAGAUAGACUCUAAUCUGAAGCCAAGUUACCUUGUUUCUUCUAAGAAUCUCUAUCCUUCAAGCUCCAGCAAUUUUUUUUCUUCUUCUCAUCAAUGGUAACUUCACGGUUUGAAAAUCUCAAGGUAAUUUCAUUCAUCACCCCACCAUUGAUAGAGUCUGCUGUUCUCUUCUCUCUGAUUAAAAAAACAAUCUUUUCUUGCUGAAUUAUUCAAAUGCUCAUCUGGGUCUGGAAAUAUUUAUCAUAUUUGACCGUGUAUGAGAAUUUUAGAUCUUGAUCUGGGUUAACUAUUAUGGGCUGCUUCAGAAUUUUCAUGCUUUGGGGUAUCAGUGAUUGAAGCAAUAUCUGUGAGUAUAAUCUUUUGAUGGUUUGAGGCUGGAAAUCUGGAAUAGGAGUGUGAAUCUGGAUAUUUGGUUGAUUUGGGGUUUUGAGGAAUUAGAGAACAUGGAUUGUAUUGGGCAUUCUUCUGAAUCAGGGUCAGGAGUGUGUAUUGUUCAAUCAGUAGAAAAUGGGGUUUUUGGUGGAGAUGGGAGGUUCUGUAAGCAACCUUCUCCUCCAAGGGGUGGUGGGUCUAGGAAUACUAGUCCAAUGGGUCGCGCAGGGUCCCGGAACACCAGCCCUUCGCGGCAGAAGGUUGUUAAGACCAAGCCUCGGGGUUUGGAUGAGGAAACACAUGCCACAUUUGGUAAGAUAGUUCAUGUUGAUGUUCAGAUGGAGGAUAACAUAUGGGCGAUGUUGCCUGAGGACUUGUUGCAUGAGAUCUUAGCUAGGGUUCCUCCGUUUUUGAUUUUCCGGCUUCGGUCGGUAUGUAAACGGUGGAAUUCACUGCUUCAGGACAGUAGUUUUCUCAAGUUUCAUUCCAGUGUUCCGUCGCACGGGCCUUGUCUUCUUACUUUCUGGAAGAACUCGCAGAUCCCGCAAUGUUCGGUCUUCAGCUUGCCCCUGAAGACUUGGUAUAGGAUACCUUUCGCAUUUUUGCCGCAGUGGGCGUUCUGGUUGGUUGGCUCUUCUGGUGGCCUUGUUUGCUUUUCCGGGCAUGACGGGCUAACUUUUAAAACCCUGGUUUGUAAUCCCCUUACUCAAACUUGGAGGACAUUGCCAAGCAUGCAUUUUAAUCAGCAAAGGCAACUGAUAAUGGUUGUUGAUCGGCUGAACCGGUCAUUUAAAGUGAUAGCCACUAAUGAUAUAUGUGGUGACAAAUCAUUGCCUACUGAAGUUUAUGACUCGAAGGCAGAUAGUUGGUCAGUUCAUCAGAUGAUGCCAGCAGCUAAUCUCUGCUCAUCAAAGAUGGCUUAUUGUGACUCGAGAUUGUACCUUGAAACCCUUUCACCACUUGGUUUGAUGAUGUAUAGACUCGACACAGAUCACUGGGAACAUAUUCCGGCAAAGUUCCCGCGAUCUUUACUGGAUGGAUAUUUGGUUGCCGGUACCCAGAAGCGUCUUUUUCUUGUUGGAAGGAUUGGCCUGUACAGCACACUCCAGAGCAUGAGAAUUUGGGAAUUGGACCAUGCCAAAUCUAUGUGGGUGGAGAUCAGUAGGAUGCCCCCGAAGUAUUUCCGCUCUUUGUUGAGAUUAUCAGCUGAGAGAUUCGAAUGCUUUGGGCAAGAUAACUUAAUCUGCUUCACGUCUUGGAACCAAGGGAAGGGCCUUCUAUUUGAUGUGGAUAAGAAGAUCUGGUCUUGGAUCGGUGGGUGUGCUCUUCAGUCAUACAACAAUCAAGUCUGUUUCUACGAGCCAAGGUUCGAUGCUUCUAUAUACUAAGCUAGAGGCUCAUAGUCUUAUGACAUGAUGUCGGAUAUCCAUCAACUCUUACAAAACAAAGGCUUAUCUGUGAUUUUUAUCUUGACAUAAUGACAUGUUUUCUUUGCUAUGAGAUUCUCUCUAACCAUUCUAUUUGAUGUUACUUCACAAUGGGCUGAUAUUGUAUAUCUUACAAAUUAUUUCAAAGAGAAUGCUUGAUUGUCAAUAUCGGUUUAGCUCCAUAGACAGAUUUUGUGAAUGGAAUUGAAAGAGGCAAGAGGCAGUGGUGACAAUGUUAGUGGGAUCUGCCCCUGAUGUAGACUUCUCAUGAAAGGUUAUGACCUUAUACAUAACUAUUGGAAUGCUUAAAAGGGGGUACUGGGAUAAUGGUGUUCAGGGUACGUUUUUAACUUUCAGAAGACAUUUUCUUCCUUGAGCAUUACCCCUUGAAAAUGCACAGGGCUUUGUAAUUGCACAUUGUAAACUAUUACUUCUUCAAUGUCACUGGGUUAUCGGUGUAAUGUAACUGUUUUAAAUCUUGUCUUUUAACCUUAUGUAACUUUUCAUGUAAAUGGGUUCUCCCCCCAUCUUGCUUUUUGUUUGGCCAAGAUACUUCAUUAAGAACAUGAUUUCCUUUGUAGCUUUGCGAUCUUGAUCAGAUUAUAGAAAUUGAUUUGACUUGGCUGUUA